GCGCUGCAGUCAUGCAAAUGAACUGUAACAACCAAACAAGCUGCGUUAGCUCUACUGUAAUGACGUUAGCCUGCUGGAUGUUUUUCCGCCGUUAAUGAGUUUGGAUACCGGGGACCGACAUCCAUGGCGUGAACCUCUCCGGUCAUCUGAAGCACAAUCACCCGUCACCUCCGCUCGGUGCCCACCGGUCGAUCCUGCUGAAGGCAACCAACCAACAUCUGGAGCUCUUCCACUGAAAACAGAUUGAGAGCUGGCCGGGUUGGCUCAUUUCAUGAGGAUGCAGAAAGUGGUGAGCCUUCCUCCCUGACAUCCUGAGUCUUCUUUCCCCAAGCUGCCCCGCUACGCGCUGUCCUGAUUGGCUCUCUGUGCUGCCGGCGGUGGAUUGGAGCACUCUGAUUGAAGGCUUUGUGAGGUGGUUUUUCGGUCUGGCGCCGCCUCCCCCCGGGGCCGGCGUGCGCUCCCAGCAGCCCGUGGUGCCCUGCGCCCCUCCCUCCCCGUCACUGCACACCAGAGCCAAUGCCCAAGGAGGAGGCACGGUGCGUCCGCCAGGAGCCAUGUGCCUCCCUCACACCAACAACAUGGACAACAAGUUACAGGGGGGGGGGGCUGCACCGAGACCACGGGCGGGAGGCGUUCCACUGGAGCCUUUCAUACACCAGGUUGGGGGUCACACCAGUAUGAUGCGUUAUGAUGACCACACGGUGUGUAAGCCUCUGAUCAGCAGAGAGCAGCGCUUCUACGAGUCUCUCCCUCCAGAGAUGAAGGAGUUCACCCCAGAAUAUAAAGGUGUGGUGAUGGUUUGUUUCGAAAGUGACUCUGACGGCUACAUCAACCUGGUGGCCUACCCCUACGUGGAGAGCAACACAGAGGGAGGGGCCGCGGAGCACGAGGAGCGCGACCUCCCAGAGAGGGAGCAGCCGAGGAGGAAACACUCGCGGCGCAGCCUCCAUCGCUCAUCCUCGGCCUCCGAACACAAGGAGGAGCGGCCCGACAGGAGGGAGGCACACGAUACCGACACUUCUGAUAGUCUGGCAGAGCUGAAGAGUCCCAGGCUCGACCCAAAGAUCCACUCGGACGUUCCCUUCCAGAUGUUGGACUGGAACAGCGGUUUGAGUUCAGAGAUCAGCCACAACCCCUGGAGCCUCCGCUGCCACAAACAGCAGCUCAGCCGCAUGAGAUCUGAAUCCAAGGACCGGAAACUCUUCAAGUUCCUGUUGUUGGAGAACGUGGUUCACCACUUCUCCUACCCCUGCAUCCUGGACCUGAAGAUGGGCACCAGGCAGCACGGAGACGAUGCCUCCGAGGAGAAGGCGGCGAGGCAGAUCAGGAAAUGUGAACAGAGCACUUCGGCAACGCUGGGAGUCAGAGUGUGUGGCAUGCAGGUGUACCAGCUGAGCACCGGUCACUACCUCUGCAGGAACAAGUACUACGGCCGUGGCCUGUCGAUCGAAGGCUUCCGCGAGGCCCUCUACCAGUACAUGCACAACGGAAAGGGACUGAGGCAGGACCUCUUUGAGCCAAUCCUCAAUAAGCUUCGCACUCUGAAGGCGGUGCUGGAGAGGCAGGCAUCCUAUCGCUUCUACUCGUCUUCACUGCUCAUCAUCUAUGAGGGAAAGGCCCCCCCCUCAAAGUCAGACUGCCUCCCCCCUGUCCCCUGUGGUCCCGCCCCCCCCCAGCAGCCCCCCCUGGUGGACGUACGUAUGAUCGACUUCGCCCACUCCACCUUCAAGGGUUUCCGCGGAGACACAGCGAUCCACGACGGGCCGGAUCGGGGCUACGUGUUCGGGCUGGAGAGCCUGGUCCAGAUCCUGGAGAGCCUGAGGGACGACAACAUGCCAUAGAGACACACACACACACACACACACACACACACACACACACACACACACACACACACACAGACACACA